UUCUAGUUCAGAAAACCCUACCCAAAGUGAUUACUGGAAGUGAAUUCCAAGUGACGAAGUGUGAAACGCGACCUGACGAAAUAGUUUAGUGCUUAUCUGGCUGUGCUACGGGCAACUUUAUUGUAGUUAAAAUCGUCGCGUUCAUUCGAACAGUGAUAAUUAUUUGAAGGAUUUUUGUGAUGAUUAAACAGUGGCGUAUUAUGUCCGGGUUGGUGUUAAUGGCGAUGUUAGUGCUGCUGAGAAGAACUCAUGGCGAGGAUAAUGCAUUUAUAGACGACCCUCCUGAUGGAUAUUAUCAGCGUACUACAUUAGACGAUUGCCCUAGCCGAUUCUAUAGCGAAGACGUAUCGAGUGCACUGGGAUUUUACAUUCUAGGAGGAUUGAGAGCAUUUCGGAGUGAGUUUCCUCACAUGGCAGCUAUUGGAUGGACGAACAAAGAUACCGGUAAAGUUGACUACAUCUGUGGAGGUUCCCUGAUAUCGACACGAUUUGUCGUGACGGCAGGUCAUUGCGGUACAAAUGAGGAGAAAAUUGCUCCGGACACAGUUCGCUUGGGCGAUACGAACCUCGCAUCUCAGGAAGAUGACCGUUAUGCACAGGAUAUUAAAAUCAAAAAAUUUACUCCCCAUCCAAGCUAUCAGAGAACUCAAAAAUAUUCCGACAUAGCACUGAUAGAGCUGGAACAGGAUGCUAAGCUUGACGUUUCCGUAUGUCCGAUUUGCCUUUGGUCGAAAGACAACCUACAAACUUUCACCGGAGGAUUCCAAGCCGUAGGCUUUGGAUUGACUGAUUUUGCAUCUGACCCCAGUCCUACACUGCAGAAAGUAACCUUAAACUACUGGGAUUACAAUGAAUGCAACUCAAACCUUCCACGUCCGCGAUCGCUUUUCAAAGGUCUAACAUCGGAUCAAUUCUGCUCUAAAACACCCAGCAAAGACACUUGUCAGGGUGACUCCGGUGGACCAAUUCAAAUCGACCUCUCUGACGUCAGUAAGGUUAUUCCCUAUCUGGUCGGAGUCACCUCGUUUGGAACUGGCUGUUGGGAUGGAUCUUUUGGAGUAUACACUAAAAUUUCCAGUUACAUCAAUUGGAUCGCUUCGAUUGUGAACGUUACGAUCGAUCCCCUGGAAUGUGCACGUCAAACGGAAUGCCUGUCAUCGCGAAAGUUUUCCGACAGCCGUAUCACAGCACAGAACAAUUCUCCAUUCUUUCGAGUCGAGUUGCAACGCUCCGGUGAGAGCUUCAACCAUUGCAGUGGAGCCCUAAUAGACUAUCGUCAUGUGGUUACAUCGGCUAGCUGCACUCGCUGGAAUGGCAAGGAUCCGUCGCACAUCAAAGCGAACGAACAGAUGAUCAAAAUUACGGAUAUAAAUCGACAUCCAAUGUAUGUGUCAGGCCAACACUACAAUGACAUCGCUGUGUUGACUCUGGACAAGUUCUAUAAUCCACACAAGAUCUAUCAAAUUGUCGCACCAGCUUGCAUUUGGAAAAAUGAGCGCAUUCCGGAACCGGUCGUUUUCUUCUCAGCUUAUGGACCAGAUUUCACGGGAUCUACAAUGGAUGCAACACCCUCCGUUCCGUUAAAGAUUAUAACAGCAUUCCGUCUGGAGAAUGGACGCUGCAAUACCAACGACAGCUCGCGGUUUAAAGACGAACUUCCCGGUGGAUUCAACAGUGAUUUUAUUUGCUCUGAAAAUCCUGUCGACUUGGUCCCAGGAAUUUGUCGGCUGAAGCCAGGAGGACCAAUAUCUAAUUUUCGCAGGGAUAAUAUUGUUCCGUAUGUCUAUGGGAUUAACACACUGGGCGAACAGUGUGGGGGAGCGGAAAAUAUUUUCGUAGCAAUUCGGAUCUCAUUUUUCUACAACUGGAUUGAGUCAGUUGUUCUCAAUCGGACAGAAAUCGCACAAAAAUCGUCGGCAGGAAUUGAAGGCGAAAUGGAAAUAGAUAAAACAGUAGUCGAAGCUUCCCUCGCAAGUAGAAGCGACUUUCCGUUCGAGGAAGACCUGGUAUCCUACGUGUUCCCAGGACUAAUUACAGCAGAUCACAGACUACGACCUUACGGGAAUCGGUUGGUUCCAGGAGGCUUGAGACGCGUUGCUACUGCUGCUGUUCAUCACCGUUUCGGCGAAUCCUCCGAGAACCCGCUGGAGGUGACAAUCUACGGAACCCAGUUGCAGCACGUCCCACUCAACACAGAAGAUCUGCUGCAGACGCUCGACUCGAUUGCCAUCCAGCACCAGCAGUGCAACAUCCUGAGUCAACCACCUCCGCUGAUGAGUAACAGCAGUUACGAAAUUGUGAAAUCAAUAGAACUGACCACUUCACAGCCCGAUCGCGAGCAAAUAUUUCAACAACAGCAGCCCGGACAGCCUUCCGUCCCGGUUUCGCAACGCGGCAGCACAGUUUUGCGACCUUUCCUUUCACCUUCGACGGCACCACAAUUCAUCUCACCCGUGGCGCCAACUCUGGUCCAACGGUGGUCUACACAGUCCAUCAGUCCGCCUUGCAUAACGACACCAUCAGUCUCCAACACUCGACAGUACCAGCAGCCACCGGUACCGGUCAAUCGAUAUCUUCCGAGAGUCCCAGCACAGUCGGUCAGCUUCCCACCUUCGUUUAGCAUCACGAGAUCGGUUGAACUUUACCAGGACGGUCGCUGCACUUUGAGCUCCGGGCUGGCCGGAAGAUGCCUGCACUAUAGCCUCUGUCGGCGAAGUCCGGUGGCGACGUUGAUAGGAGGCGGCGGGACUGGUGGUGGCAUAAUCGGACCCAGUCACGGUUGGUCCUAUUGCAACUAUGACCUGCUGAUUGUAUGCUGUCCAAUUUGAGUGGAAGCAGGAGCAGAGGAAUGGAAACCGCUGUGAGUUUUGGCGUUUACACAUGUGCCUAAUAGGAUGACCUGAACUUGUUUAGCACCGGUUUAAACAAAUACGUCAUAGUUUUUAUAAAUUCUUGUGUUAACAUUCUGUUGAAGUUUCUUGUAUGAUUAUUUUCAUUGCAAUGACGAAAUGUAUAAAACUGUAAAUUGACUGCUCAACACCCAGUGCAUUUUGUAUGAAUUUAGGCACCCUAAUUGUGACCUGAAAUUACCUCCAGUUAUACCUUUUUAGUCAUACACAGUCGUAAAAAAAGUAGCUCAUCUAUCGAAAAGGAAGAUUACACUCAAAUCCAUUGUGUCGAAGUAGUAGCAGUACAACUGAAGUAAUUUAUUUCGUUUACAAUAGACCUU